AUGGCUUGGGCCCCAGGGCAGAGGAGGGCGGAGCCAACUCUAAGUGAACUCAGGGCCGGCAGGGCCUGCAAAGAUGGCAAGGGAGGCAGAGACAGUGGAGGCGGCGGAGGCGGCGGAGGUGACGAAGGCGGCGAAGGCGGCGAAGGUGGCGAAGGCGGCAGAGGCAGGGGCUGGGUCAGCUCCUCCAGUUACCUGCAGCCUAGGGCCACUGGCCCCCGAGAGGCUGCUCUUGUCUUUAAAAUAAAAAACAGUAUGAUUGGUGCAGUGAUUGGUCAUGGUGGAUCAAAAAUAAAGGACAUCCAGAGGGGGACAAACACCAAAAUACAGAUCAUAAAGGGUGAUCCCGAGGCAGAGGUAAAAAUUUUUGGCAGCAAGGAGAUGAAAGCAAAGGCCAAAGCAGCCAUAGAAGCUGUUAUUGAAAAACGAGAAAGCAGCUACAAUUCAGAAUACAGUGCUGAUGAUGCUGCAUCCAAACCCUCUGUUGGAAGAGACUUAACCACAGAUAAUGUUAUUAGAGAAGUUCGGCCAUUGAUAGACUGGGAUCACAUUAAGGCAGAAGUUGCAGACUGGGAAAAAAGGAAAUGGGCAGAUCUACCACCAAUUAGAAAAAACUUUUACAUAGAAUCCAAAGCAACAAGUUCAUUGUCUCAAGUGGAGGUAGACAUUUGGAGAGAGGAAAAUUUCAAUGUGAUGUGUGAUGACUUGAAAGUUGGUGAAAAACGUUCGAUCCCCAACCCGACUUGUACAUUUGAGGAUGCUUUCCAGGAUUAUCCUGACUUGAUGAAAAACAUUAUAAAAGCAGGAUUUGAAAAGCCAACGCCAAUUCAAUCACAGGCAUGGCCAAUUAUUCUACAAGGGAUAGAUCUUAUAGGAAUUGCCCAAACUGGAACAGGCAAAACACUAUCUUAUUUAUUGCCUGGGUUUAUUCACAUCAGUUCUCAACCAACACCUAGAAAGCGAAGGAAUGGUCCUGGUAUGCUAGUCCUCACUCCAACAAGAGAAUUAGCUCUCCAGGUGGAAAAUGAAUGUUCUAAGUAUUCAUAUAAAAGUCUUAAAAGUAUUUGUAUUUAUGGUGGUGGAAAUAGAAGAGAACAAGUCAAAAACCUCACCAAAGGCAUAGACAUCAUUAUUGCAACUCCUGGGCGACUGAAUGAUCUGCAAAUGAAUAACUUUGUCAACCUAGGAAGCAUCACCUACUUAGUCUUAGAUGAAGCUGAUAAAAUGCUAGAUAUGGGAUUUGAACCACAGAUAAUGAAGAUUUUAUUAGAUGUGCGCCCGGACCGGCAGACUGUUAUGACAAGUGCAACUUGGCCAGAUACCAUUCGUCGACUUGCACAAUCUUAUCUGAAAGAGCCUAUGAUUGUUUACGUUGGUUCUCUGGAUUUAGUUGCUGUAAAUACAGUGAGGCAAAAUAUAAUUGUUACCACAGAAGAAGAAAAACGAUCGCUUAUCCAAGAAUUCCUACAUUGCCUGUCGCCUAGAGACAAAGUCAUCGUGUUUGUCAGCAGGAAACUUGUUGCUGAUGACUUAGCCAGCGAUUUAAGCAUCCAAGGCCUGGCUGUGCAAUCGCUGCAUGGAAACAGAGAACAAUGGGACCGUGAGCAAGCGCUGGAAGACUUUAAAAGUGGAAGUGUGAAAAUACUGAUUGCUACUGACUUAGCAUCCCGAGGCCUUGAUGUGGAUGAUAUCACACAUGUAUAUAAUUAUGAUUUCCCACGGAAUAUUGAAGAAUAUGUACACAGAAUAGGGCGUACUGGAAGAGCAGGGAAGACUGGCAUAUCCAUUACCCUUGUAACUAGAAACAAUCGGAAGAUUGUCCCUGAAUUGAUUAAAAUUUUGGAAAGAGCCAAUCAAAGUAUCCCCGAAGAUCUUGUAACAAUGGCCGAACAAUACAAGAAAGUGGACGAAUAA